UUUCGACGGUCGACAGGAACUCUGCGUGUUUCGCCUGCUGCAACUGCAGACUGGAUCAUGUCAUCACUGUUUGCCUUGCUGUCCCAGCAGACGCCAAACCUCCAGACGAGAAAAGGCCUCAUUGUCGUGGGCCUCCAGAACGACUUUGUGCUGCCAACGGGGAAACUGCCUGUUAAGGAAACCCAAUUCGUUGACCGCAUUGCCCGCCUCGUCCCUUCUUUCCGUCAGCACGGCGAAGUCGUCUGGGUGAGAUCAGAGUUCCUGGAGACGAGACCAGUCAACGGCGACGACACUCCUGGGGACACAGUCGUCGCAGGAGGCUCCCUGGGCACAGAGCUGGACGUUCCUGGCGACGACCAUGUGUCACGGGGCGAGAAGCAAUACCAGUCAUCUGCCUCGUUCGACGAACCGGACAUCGGCGAGGACGAUGAAGAACUGUUCCUUUCCAAAACGAGCACGAGAGAACCAUGCUGCAUUCGCGGCAGUCACGGAGCCGAAUACGCCGACUGUAUCAAACCAGUGAUGGAAGGCACGGAUCUCCAGGUCACCAAAACACAUUACUCAGCCUUCGCCGGCACCUCACUACUGAUGACCCUUCGCUCCAAGCUCAUUACCGAUGUGUAUAUUUGCGGUUGCAUGACGAACCUGUCCGUCUACGCCACAGCCAUGGACGCAGCUCGGUACGGCAUCGAAAUCACCCUGGUCGAGGAUUGUCUUGGCUACCGUCGCCUCGACCGGCAUCAGAUGGCCAAGCGACAACUCAGUGAUCUGAUGGAUGCGAACACGGUCAAAGCGUGUACCCUCCUUUCGCGCUUCGCCGUGGAUGGUGGAGAUGCCGAAGACAGCGGGACGCUUCAACAACUAGGCGGCACUCUGGAGGCAGACAGCGACGACGACGAUAGCGGCGACGAGAUCUCUUUUUCCACCGUAGGUCUUCCCAGAGUGCUAUUCGAACGAAGAUCUGAGCAAAGCCGCACCACGCGAUCGGCCAAAUACUCACAUUCUGCAGCUCCGCGACCCCGCAUCACUCCCACUCAGUAUGCAACACCUCAAAGCUCUCAACUUCACUACCGGCAGGUCAGCGACCCGCCAGAAGAGCGAGUCCGCAAGGCAAGGAAAGGCAACCAGACCAAGCACGCGACCCACGCGUCGUCCAGUAAGAUUGGAUUAAUUGCUUGUGACUCACCACGACGGAUUCCCGGUCAACCUUGGCUCGAAAUAAUCCCACUGGACUAUAAAGCGUCAUUUGACGUGACACACCCCAUCGCACCUGUGAAGGACCCAGAAGACCUCGCAGACGAUCUGAGCGAGUCUCAAGAUUUGGACGAAAUCAUGACCGAUCCUGCGAUGGGCCAGCCACUAUUCGGCGAGGAUAAGGCACAAGAGAGUGCAGGAUCUCGUAUUGUGCAUGAUUUCAUGUCGGAUGCCACGACACUGUUUGAGGAGCUAAAUCAUGAGAUCAACUGGCAGACUAUGUUCCAUCAGACGGGACAGGUUCCACGUCUGGUUUGCUGUCAAGCUACGAUAGAUGAGGAUGGAAGCAUGCCAGUAUACAGACAUCCAUCUGAUCAGACUCUCCCGGUUGAGAAGUGGACACCAACUGUUGAAAAGAUACGGCAGGAAGCAGAGAAAGUGGCCGGGCAUCCUCUCAAUCAUGCAUUGAUCCAGCUGUACCGCGACGGCAACGACUUCAUCUCUGAGCAUUCCGACAAGACGCUGGAUAUCGUCGCCAACAGUAGCAUCAUUAAUGCGUCUUUCGGCGCACAAAGGACGAUGCGCAUCAGAACGAAGCGAGACAAAGGCAAUAUCAACCCGGCAGCGCGUACUACCUAUCGUGUGCCUAUGCCACACAACAGUUUGAUAAUGAUGUCGCUCCCGACAAAUGCGGAAUACUUGCACGCAAUAAAUUGGGACAGGCGACCUGCUUGCGAACUCACAGACGCCGAGAAGGCAUACGGCGGUCAGCGUAUCAGCCUUACAUUCCGACACAUUGGUACCUAUCUCAAUAAUGACUCUACUCUGAUAUGGGGCGACGGUGCAGUCGGGAAGACGAAGUCGGCCGCACGACCAGUGAUCAACGGCGAUCCGACAGAGAGCGAAAAAUUGAUCCAAGCAUUCGGUUCCGAAAAUGCGGCUUCAAGCAUCAACUGGUCAGAGAUAUAUGGUUCUGGAAGCGAUGUGUUACAUCUGAAAUGAAGCACUUCCCGUUCAGCUGAACUGUUCAGGGCCCGCGGCAGUCCGCACUUUCACAAAGGAUCCCAAGCCUGCCGCUGGCAGCGAAAAAAUGACUUCGGCAAAAGUGGUAUCAUUUGCGUGCGCUCUGAAUCCAGAAAAUGCUCUUCGGACUUGUUCGGGUUGCGCUGGGUGAUCCAGUCACACAGCGUCGCCGACUUCGUACGUUGCACCACCUGACUCGAUGUCAUGCCAUGCGAUCUGGUAUCGAGCAGGUCUCUGCUCUCUGCGAACCACCUCCGAUAACGCCCGCUUACCGGAUUUCCCUCCAGGACUGUG